AUGGCGUUCCGGCUCCUCAGCGGCGAAGCCGUGGCCUGUGAGGGCCAGCUUGGGCCACUGGGUGACGUGGUGCCGGUGGCGGAAGCUCGCGAUGUCGUGGCACAGCAGCUGGAUGUGGAGCGGGAAAGGGUUCGCCUUGUCUGCUCGACGCAUGCAGAGCUCCAGGAUGGAGAUACCCUGGUGCUGGCAGACAGCUGCGCCACGGUGCAGCUUUUGCCGGAUCCCUUGGAGGCCGAGCUCGCCUCAGCGCUGGGCCUGGAGCACUUCGAGGAUGCACUGGAGUUGGAGAGCCUCCAGAUCCGCGGCACUACGCUGACUGACCUACCGAGAGGCAUCGAGAAGUUGCAGAAGCUAAAGCAAGUGCUUCUGAGCUCGAACAAGUUGGAGGGAGCUUUGCAGGAUUUGCGUGUGGAUGCGAAUCUGCUUCUGUCGCUUCCGAGCAGCAUUGGCAAUCUACAGGGCCUCCUGGAGCUUCAUCUAGGGGACAACCGCCUCCGCGAGCUGCCGACUGGCCUCGGUCGACUCGCGCAGUUGCAGACGUUGAACUUACUGAACAACGAGCUGACUCGGCUUCCGGACACCAUCGGAGAGCUGGGCUCCCUGCGAAAGCUGCAGUUGGGUGGAAAUCGGCUGCGCAUGCUGCCGGAAAGCAUAGGGCAGCUUCUGCACUUGCAGGAGCUCUACUUGGCGAACAAUGGGCUCCAAGAGUUGCCCCGCGGAUUCUGCGAGCUAGCUGAGCUUGAGACGGUGCACCUGGGGUCAAACCAGCUAAACGAACUGCCGGAGAACUUGGGCAGGUUGCAGGCGUUGAAGGAGCUACAUAUAGGCAGCAACACGCUCACCCACUUGCCGGACAGCAUAGGUGAUCUGCAACUACUGCAGCAGCUUUUCCUGGGCAGCAACCACCUGGAGGUUUUGCCGGAGACAUUUGCCUUGGCUGGUUUGCAGAAGUUGCAUCUGCGCCAGAACCUCCUCCAAAGUCUGGCGGAGAGUUUCGGGGAGCUCCGGAGCUUGAAAAAGCUGUUCUUGGACUCCAACAAGAUUCAGGAGUUGCCUGUCAGCUUCGGCCAGCUGUCUGCGCUGGAG